UUUCAUAAUUGUCUAAUUUUUGCCAAAGUCUCCAAGUUUGGGGAAUUUUGAAAUGGUAAAUAGUUACAGUGUAGAUGUAACGUUCACGCUGAUGAUCAAGUGGUUCCAAAAACCUCAACAUUUGCUAGAUUCUGGCGCUUUUAGGUCACGUGAUCAAAUCAUUUCAGAAAUGGCGGCUUGCUACAGUUCCAAUAUGGAGGACGGAAAAACAGAGCGUGAAAACGGCAGAUAGACGACAGCAGGACAGUAAACAAUCGGACACAGGGACCCUCUGCACAACCGAGGUUUAGCUGGUACGGUUCAAAUCUGGGGCCGAAAUGAAGCGUGGCAGGGGGCGCCCGCCCAAAAGUCCCUUUGUCUCAAUCGAUAGCCGAGUGAAACGGUUCAGAAGUGGCCGUGGCGGCGGCGGAGAUGCGGGAAGCAGUGGCGGGACGCCGGCAAGUUCCCGGUCCAGCACGCCAGUCCACUCGGGAUCCUCCAGGACCCCCUCCCGGGAGAUGCGGAGCCGGGCCCGCGAGGCGGCCCAGAGGAGCAAACAGCUCAUCCACGAGGUGAUGAAAGUGGUGGGUGGUGACGAUGAGGAGGAAGAUGUGGACGACUUGAGCGACGACCUGUCAGAGGAAGAGUCGGACGAGUCCGACUACGCAGAGUCUGAGUCCGCUCUCAGUGUCUACUCCGAGAGCAGCUUCAGCACGGUCAGCAGCUCCAAACGGAGGUACAUCCGUCACCCCCGCCCCAAGUCCCCCGUGGUGUUCGAUGAUGAGCGGGAGGUCCCGCCCCUGACCCUGCCCAAGUCGGGAGAGGAUCUCCUCCUCCCCACAGAACACCUGAUGGACGCCAUCGCGGUGUAUGAAGUCAUCAGGCACUUCAGGAUCAUCCUCCGAGUGUCACCAUUCAGGUUUGAAGAUUUCUGUGCCGCACUUCUCAGCCAAGAGCAGUGCAGCCUCAUCGCGGAAAUCCACAUCGCACUGCUCAAGGCCCUGAUUCGCGAGGACGAACAGAACAGCACGACAUUCGGUCCUCACGACCUUAAGGACAGCAUCAAUAUAAAAAUGUAUUAUCUUGAUGCUAUGACAUGGCCUGAGCUAGUACGCUGUUACGUGGAGAGUGACAAAGAAUUUCGGGAUGUCUUGCCCUCCUGCAGUGGUCCAGACUGGCCGUAUGUGCCAUUAGAUGACAAGCUGAAAGUGCUCCGCCUACUGACUGACCAAGUGCUUGUGUCCAAUGCUAUACGUGACUAUAUUUACACGGAGGGUACUGUCCAGUAUGACGACCACUGUCGGGUAUGUCACAAAUUGGGUGACCUCCUGUGCUGUGAGACUUGCUCAGCUGUGUACCAUCUGGAAUGUGUGCGGCCGCCCUUAGAAGAGGUACCAGAAGAUGAUUGGCUGUGUGAAGUCUGCGUCGCCCAUCAGGUGGGCGGUGUCACGGACUGCGUCUUGGAAGCGGAGAAGACGGGCCAGAUGAGCCGUCAGGAGCCGCUGGGCUACGAUCGCCACGGACGAAAGUACUGGUUCCUGUGCAGACGUGUCGUGGUGGAGAGUGACACAGAGACCUGGUACUACAGCACCAAGCUGCAGCUACAGGAACUACUGGAGACACUGGACAGUCAGAACUAUGAGAGGGACCUGUGCAUGGCCGUAGAGGAGACCAAGGACGAGCUGGUCAAGCACAUGGACGUCACGGAAAGACUGACCAAUGAGGCACGAGGAAACCAACGCUCCAUCAUCCAAUCCUCCAAUGAGGAAAUUGAGAAGCGUCUUGAGGAGAAGCGAAAACUGGAGGAGGAGAAGAGGAAGAAAGAGGAGGAGGAGGCCAUGAAAAGACAGGAAGAAAUGAGAAAGAGGGAGGAAGAAUUGAGAGCCCGUCAGAUUGCCUCCAGUUUAGAGCAGCUGGCCCAGAUGACUACACCUGCAAGUGGAGAAACUGGACAGGUGGGACCUGUAGCACCUGCAGCAGCUGUGACACAACCCGGGGACACUGCACCUGCAUCAAAUGACAUCACAGCUGUCUCACAGCAGACAACCACAGAAGAGACCACCACUACUACCACAUCUUCAGAGACAACUAAGAUGGAAGUAGCAGAAUCUAGCCAAGAAGGCAGCACUGUCACCUCCAGUGUCGUACAGGUCACCCAGUCUGUCACCACCACCGUUACUACCGUCACCAAAGUGGAGGAGACCAAAGUUGAGCAAAAGAAGGAUGCAGAUUCCCCGCUGUCUUCAGCGGAAAGUGUCUUGGAGAAGAAGGAAUCCUCACCUGACAAGACAGCUGAAGAAAAGGAGUCCAGUGGCCCUACUGUCGUCAGCUUACAGUCCAUACGCAGUGAUGUGAAGGAAAGGCAGCUGGAUGUGACAGAAAACAGCUCUGAUGACAAGGCCCUCCCCACCUCCGGUACAGCCACGUCACCUAACACUAACCCUGUACCCGUAACUUCUGCGCCAGCAUCAGACACCAGCCAGCCGGUCCAACCCAAGGCGACGGUUAUUGUCAUGAACAAAGACGGGACCAAAGUUACGUAUGCCAUCCUCCCUAAGGGCACGAGCACCAGCAGUACGCCUGCUUCAGUGGCUAGUAGCACCUCAGCUACAACUCUUACAACAACCGGCGGCUCGACUUCUGCAGAUGGCAACCAGACCCAGACAUCCUCCUCUUUGUCUACUUCUACCACUGUCACCACAGGUUCUGAUGCAGACACACCCUCCAGUUCCACUAAUUCUAGCCCACCUAAAACCCGCAUGGUCACGCGCUUGCAGAAUCCGGAAAGCAAGCUGAGCCAGCGACUGGCUGCUGCUCCCGUGGCCAGCACGGCCAACCUAACGGGCAAGGGCGGAGGUAAGGACUCCAUCCUGGUCAUCAACGCACAGGGAGAGAUCAAGCAGAUCGACGGGAAGGGCUCCAGCAUGGUCAACAACCUGUCCAAGCCCAACCUGUUCCGGUUGGGACAGGAGGGGAAGUUCCGUAUGUACGUGAACCAGUACACGUCCAACCAGCUGGCGCUGAACAAGCACCAACACGCCGAGGACAGGGACCGGCGCCGCGGCCUCACACACAAGUUCUGCCUCAACACGCAGCAGGAGUUCAAGUGGCAGGGUACGGUACACGGCAACAAGGCCCUGACAGUCUCCACACUCCGCCUGACCCUCGUGCACCUGGAGAACUCCAUCCCCAAGCCUUUCCUGCACCCGCACUGGGCCACCUUCCGCACCAACUGGAUCAAGGCAGUCCACAUGUGCACUGCACCCAAGGAGUUUGCCCUGGCCCUGUCCAUCUUUGAGAGCGUGGUGAAACCAUGUGUGCUGCUGAAUGUAUGGAGGGACUCCCUAGGACAUGUCAGGUUGCAGCGGGUUACAGCUCUGGAGAAGGACGACAAGAAGAAGAAGAAAGACCAGGGAAAGUUGUUUGAGGAGGAGGAAGUUGAGAAUCCAGUCUAUGUCAAGUACACCAUCCCUCUGAAACACCAGGUGUGGAAGUUAAAAGGAGAGGAGUACCGUAUCACAGGGAUGGGGGGCUGGAUGUGGUUAAGUUCCACCAGGACCCCACGCUUCCAGCCUGCCCUCCCCGUCCCAGACACAACCAAACCCCUCCCGGGCAUCAAGGAUCCCGUCCCGGAGUCUUCUGUCAAGGACACAGAUGCUGCCGAGAACUGCCUGGAUGCCAAGGUCAAAUCUGAGGAACCAGAGAUCUCUCCUGUUAAACAGAAGGGUAAAGAUGGAGAGGAGCCAAUGGAUGUGGACGUUACAAGCACGCCUGUGAAGGAGGAGAAUAUGGAAGUCGAUCAGGACUCCCCUGCCAAGAGGAAAGAAAAAGCAAAGGUCAAAGUCGAGACUUCGAAGGGGUUGAAGCGGAAGGCAGACUACUGGGAAAAGGGUCUCGGGAUUGAGACAAUCAAUGUCAGUGAAGGGUUGAAAAAGCACCUGCUGUACAAAAAGCUGAAGCCAACCAAACUGGACGGUUUUCUGGACAGGAGAGAGAAACAGUUUGACCUUGAACAGAGGCAGAUCCUGUCUUCGGGGUCGCAGGGCAUCAAGAUCGAGGGACAGAAAGUUGAGGUGAAAAAGGAGGGGAGUGCAGCCGCAGGAGCAGCACAGUCUACUACAGGGUCGUCUGGAAGCCAGGCAUCUGUUGCCAAAACAAUGACAUCGCCCGCUGCUGUCACCACGGCAACUGCAUCGCUGACCUUGCCUGCAUUGUCGACCAAGGUUGCCAAACCAGUACCUGCACAAACUACUGUAAAGGCAGCUCCAAGUCCAGCCACCCAGGCCAGCUCCCCAGAUAAGCCAGCUGUCAAGUCGGGCCUGGGGAGUCCUGAAGGUCAGCCCAAGACCUACGAAAGUGCAUUUAAAAACUUUCUUGGGAUUCCCGAGCCCAUCGCAAAUGGAGAACUGAACUCCUCUCAGUCUCAGAUGAACAUCAUGGUUUCCAAAGGAAAGGAAUCAGGGUGUUACCAGUGUUACUCUCCCUCCUGCUUGUCAGGUGUGGGGUCUUGUUACUCCGCUUUGUGUCGGUGGCAGAGACAUGUGGCAGGAAGUCAUGUGGAGACUGACAAGGUAGUUUCCCCUGAAAGGACUAAGCAGCUCCUCUCCCCUGUAUCAGGGAAGGCAGAUACAAACACAGACACAAACACAGACCCUGACCCUACUUGUGGCAGAAAAGGUGUUCCGAAUGGGUCCAUUUUGGACGGGAUGGUCUCCUCCAGGGGUUCUUCUCUCCCCGUGAGCGGAGCGUCGUCGCUGUUGUCCAGCAUUGCUAGUCAGUCUAAAGGGCAGGUCCCAGCAGCCGGCAGCACUGCACAAGCCGCCUGCACAGGGGCCGCAACACAGGGUACACAUGCCGUGCCUAGGAAUGUGCCAAGCACCAACGUGGGACCAACUUCAGCCUUUCCACAAGGCAGCAGCAAUUGUGCAAGCCCGGCCGGCACAAUCCAGGGAUGUGGGGGGAGUGACAACUCUUCAUUAACAAACAAAGCGCAGCAGGCAAGCACGCAGUCGUCGACCUCUGUUACAGAGAGAGUCCAACCGCCGUUAACAAAUUGUGUUGGCUCCACUAGUCCAGCAAAGACCAAAACUACAGCUGCCCCUGCCACAGCAACAACAAACACAGCAAAGUCUCUUCCAUUGGGAAAUGGGGUUAGUAGUACGGUGACAACCGUAGCAAGCGGUGAGGGUGUGGUAAGAACAGUUCAUACCAUAACCAAGUCUGUGGUGAAGACCACGACUCAAAAUUCCACGCACACAGUUGUAAGGACUCAGCAGUCGGGCACUGUCGCUCAAACGGCAACAGUGACUAGCACAGUGGCUGCUACCACUGUCAAUGCCACAAAAACUGAAACUAAUUCCAAAGUACUGAGUAGUGGAAUUGCAAGCAAAUGUACUUCAAGUGUUGCCACUUCUCAAGCAUCCGCCGCGCAAGCAUCGCUUACUGUUAAGAAGUCCGACGGCCAUGUAACGUACUCGACCACAGGAAAGGUGUACCUCGCCAAGUUUACCAGAGUCAAGAAGAAAAAGAGUCAGAAAGUAUUACUGCCAAGUAGUAAUAAGUUUUCCACACGAGUAGGGAAGAAGAGUAUAUUUAUUCUUCCUCCUCAAGAGCUCAGGAAGCUUGCCAGGCGAGGGGCAAAUAAAGAAGUUGCAUGCUUCAAGUAUGAUGCCAAAAUGGUCGGUGCCCACUGGCCGUACUUAGCUCCAAGGCCCACUUUCCGGCUUGCUUGGCGGUACCAUGUGCAAAUACUGCGUUCGCUGUCGUCCGUGGCCUCGCUGAUACGAGUCCUGUGGGCGUGUUUGCGUUGGGAGGACAUGAGUAUCAAACCACCGACGGGAACGUCCAACACGAUUACAACAGAAACAGAAAUCACGACGACAGAAAUCACCAAGAGAAGAGACGUGGGGACGUUUGGUCUACGGUCAGAGUACUGUGUGAGGAAGAUCAUCUGUCCAAUCAACACACCUUCUCAAAAAGAAACCCACCGUCCCCAGAGGAAGGGGCUUCGCUCCAGUUCCCAGACACCCAAGACUGAGGCCCCCCAGCCCAGCGGACCUAUGGUGAUAGAAACCUGGGUACCGGAGGAGGACCUAGAACUGUGGGAGAUCAGACAGUUUGCUGAGAAGCUAGAGAAGCAGCAGGAACAGGCCCGUCAGAAGGUGGCUCAAGCGGAGGCUGCGACCAAGGCUGAGCAAAUGAAGGCCCAGCUGGAGGUCCAGCUGAAGCAGCAGAGACAGGCCAUGCAGCAGAAACGUCUGCAGGAACAGGCUACCAAGACCAAAACACAGACACCGCAGACUCCACAAUCCACGCCGAAGGUUGUUACAGUCUCCAUCACCCCUGAGCAGAUGAAGUUGGUACAGUCCGGCGGGGCGACGCCCGUCACCAGCAUCACCACGGCGACCACCGCGGUGGUCCAGACGCCCACGGGCGUGAAGAAGGUGCAGAUCCCUGUCCGCAGGAUCAUCACGGUGGGAGGGGCUCAGGCCGCGGCCAGGGCGUCAGCUGCCUCAUCAGGCAUUUUGGGAAGCACCAAGACAACUCCAAGUCUUCUGCCUGCUGUCUCCAAGCAGACCUUCCCACCUUACCCGAGCCAGGGGGUGACAGCCACCCUGUCCACCACCCCCACAUCCACAACAAUGGUACGGCUCCCCAUCUCACAGCUGCAGCAGGCUGGAGGCAAGAUUCAGUUCAAGACUGUGACAGUACAGGCCCCAGUCCUGGGCCAGGGCCAAACACAGGUCAUCCAGGGUCAGGGUGUGUCAAGUCAAGGUCAAGGUCAGGUGCUGCAGGCCCACAUGACUCCGCAGGGCGUGCUCCAGUAUCGCCUGAUCAAACCCACAGGCCAGGCAGUACAGGCACAGGUGGUGGCCAGCACACAGGGACAGGCUGUACAGUCCCAGACUGCCCAGAUCCAGGUGCAAGCAGGUACAACCAGCCAGACGGUGCAGGUGCCUGUCCAGACACAGCAGCAGGUGCAAACACACCCGCAGGUGGUGGUCAAGCCCUCACAGAGUGGUGCUGUGCAGGGUACAGUCCAGGCCCAAGGUCAGGCUGUCCAGGGACAGCGUCUCAUCCUGCCAGCUGUCAAUACUCAGGGUGCUAGUGUCCAGACCAGUGCGGCCUCUGUGUCCGGUCAGGUGUCUGGUCAGCCGCUGCAGGGCCAGGCCACGGUGUCCCAGACCCCCGGCAUGCAGACCCAGCCGCUCAAGAUCCAGACUGCCCAGGGCCAGACCAUCGUGUUACAGCCACAGUCCCUGGUCACUCCGACUGGACAGGCACAGCUGCUCCCUGGUCAGCAGAUCUUCAGGGCCACCAUGCCUGACGGAACGGUCAAACACUUCAUCAUCACACCCAAGAUUGUCACUCAGACCGUGCAGCCGACCACCAGCACACCGCAGCCCAUCAAGAACGUGGUGAGCCUGCAGACGCCCAGCGUGCAGCAGAAAAUCCUGCAGAUGCAGCAGCAGCACCAGCAGCAGCAGCUGGCCGCCAUCGCUGAGGCACAGAAGAAGGACAGGGAGCUGCAGCAGAAAUACCAGCAGCAGUUGAUGCAGAAACAGCUUUCUGAUUCACCAUUGGCAGUUGGAAAACAAGCAAAGGUGCAAAUUAAGCAGAACAAGUUGAUCGAGAACCUCCGUGCCAAACAGAAGACCCUCACUCCAGAAGAGAGGGAGGACAACCAAAGGAUGAUAGUGUGCAAUCAGGUCAUGAAGCACAUCCUGGACACGAUAGAUCGCGAGGAGAAGGCCGACCAGAAGAAGCGCAAGAAGGAGGAGACAGCGGAACAGAAACGCAGCAAGGCCAUGGCUCUGAAACUGCAGACAACGCUCUUCAAGCACAAGGAGCAGCUGAGGAAAGACAUGCUGAAGAAACGUUCUCUUAUGGAGAAGGAGAUCACAAAGGAAGUUCAGGAUGAACUGAAACAUGAGCUUAAAAAGAAAGGCCACAAGAGAAAGGGGAGCGAGACAGCCUCCUCCGGUCUGGAAGACACACCCAAGAAGAAGAAGAAAGCAGAGAAGUCUGCGAAGACUGAAGGGAAGUCUAAGAUGAUCCGAACCAGCCAGUCAGGGAGGGACAAGGACAGGAAGCUGUACUGUGUGUGUAAGACACCAUACGACGCAACACAGUUCUACAUCGGGUGUGACCUGUGCAGUAACUGGUUCCAUGGCGUGUGUGUGAACAUCACGGAGAAACAGGCAGAACAGAUGGACUCCUACACCUGUCCUGACUGCAGCCGGCUGACUGAGGAUGGAGAACAGGAGCUCUACUGUCUCUGCAGGACGCCUUACGAUGAAACACAGUUCUACAUCGGUUGUGACCGGUGUAAUGACUGGUUCCACGGGCGGUGUGUGGGCAUCCUGCCGGCCGAGGCAGACGAGAUCGACUACUACAUCUGCCCCAACUGUCAGUCAUCCAAGGACAUGCAGAUGCACAACAAGUCUCUCAGCGACAAAGACACGGACCAGCUGAAACGACUUCUCAAGUCCCUACAGUCUCACAAGAUGGCCUGGCCCUUUGUAGAGCCAGUGAGUGAACUGGAGGUACCAGACUAUUAUCAAGUCAUCAAGGAACCAAUGGACCUGUCAACAGUAGAAACACGGCUCCGGCAGAAAUAUUACAAGACCCUGAACCAGUACGUGGCCGACAUUUCCAAGAUAUUCGACAACUGUCGCUACUACAAUCCCAGCGACUCGGCAUUCUGCAAGUGCGCCGAGGUUCUCGAAGGAUUCUUCCUCCAGAAACUAAAGACUGUCAAAUCUCGCUUAGGAAGCUGAGGGACUUUACAUAACAUGUACAGAAUUUUUGAUAUGGUUGAUGAAUUGGUUGAAAGACGUUAGCGAGAGACGGUUGUAGAGAAAUCAGUUUUAUGAUAGUAAGAUUUGUAUUUGUGGCCUUUUCAUGUUGAUAUAAAUGUAUAUUACUGUGACGUGGAAAGGAGGAAUCUAUAGAGGUUGUUCACUUUUGUAACUGGGAAAAAGGAAGACGGAGAUGGCAAGAUGUAUUCAGGAUGUGUGAAGAAGUGUGAAAGUAGAGGUAUUUAUGUGAAAUUGUUUGUAAAUAAAGCUGCAUUAUGAAUGCUUUUGCUGUAGGAUAUUGCUGCAACAGGAUAGCAUAUUGCAUUCAUAGCUUAGAGAUGCAAUCUGAGAAAUUUUGUGGAAUGUCGACCAGUUUUCAAACUCCAAAUGCACCUUUGAGAUGGGAACUUUGUCUACCAGUGCCAGAUAUGUACUGUAUUUAUUGUCGACAUUAUUUAUACUUGUGCAGUCAAAUCCAAAAUGAUGGGACAAUAGCUGGCCUCUGAAGACAGCUUUGAGUUGAACUAUCAAAAGUAUUCCUGAAGCUAGAAACAUCUCACUCUGGUUUUUGCUGGGCAAAGAGGUACUUCUUCUAACAUGUAUCAGCAUUUGUCAACUCUUAGUACUUUUGGACACUAAAAUUGUUUAGCAUCACUACUCCCUUAUGUCAGUGGCACUAUGUUCUGUUACAAUGAAAAUCCAAGGACAAAACAUUCUCUUCCUCAAAAAGCAUAUUAUUAAACAGUACACAUACUUGUACACAGUUACCUGUCAAUUUGGAAGAAAACUGCCUUCCUUUUCUGGCCAAAUUCUGUUCAUCUCACUGCAAAGAAGUACAGGCCCCAAUCUCAUGUUCUGUCUUUUCGGGAAAGUCUAGCCAACAACUUUGAAAGGAGAGCAAAUUUUUUAGCAAAUUAAUUGUCAAGCUCUUGCAAAAAGUGCUGUAGAUAUGAGUAUUGUCCAGAGCAUGAUGACACAAUGUGGUGUCAGAGGUGCUGCAUAUGAGAAUGUUCCAAGGAGGUUACCAUUGUAUAUCAUAUCCAUAUACUAUGGUUGACACAAUAGGCCAUGUAAAUAGACAGGCAUUGCCUUUGCACUUGUCUGUACUGGGAAGUUGAUAUGUUCGCACCAGAUUGACAACAAAAACUGUUGUAUUGUAUAGUUCCUUAGUUAUGUGAAAAUUAUGGUUAGACUUUUCUUAUUAAAGUACUUUGGCACAAGCAGCUGGUAUGUGCCAAAUUGUUGCACAGUCAUCCAAAGGCAUAGAUUAGAUAUACAUGUAGCACAUAGCUUUAUUCUUCUGCUUCUCAUUACAAAGUCGUUAUAAUUAAAGAUACCACUUUUUCUUUCAUUUUGUAUGAAGUAUGUUUAAAAGCUACAAUAAAUGUU